CUUGUGACGUGUAAAAAUUAAUCAUUAAUGACAUCAUAUGAUAUUUUCAUCAAGCAUGGAUCCAAGUCGUCCAUUAGAUAAUGUUAAUCCAAAAAUAUAUGUAAAACGUCAAGAUCGACCAAUUAAAAAAUAUGAUUAUGAUGAUAGUGUUAUCGAUGAAAUUGAUUCAAGAGAAAUAUUCGAUCUAAUACGUGGUAUUAAAGAUCCUGAACAUCCAUUAACAUUGGAAGAGCUGAAUGUUGUCGAUGAAGAACAUGUCAUUGUGGAUACUAAAACUAAAGUUAUCGAAGUAGUUUUCACACCCACUAUCGAACAUUGUUCUUUGGCUAGUCUAAUAGGAUUGUGUAUUCAGGUUAAACUUUUACGGUCGAUACCUGCAACAUACAAAGUAAUGGUCAAAAUUGCUCCUGGAUCACAUUCAACCGAAGAAAUUGUCAACAAACAAUUAUCCGACAAAGAACGAGUAGCCGCUGCGCUUGAAAACAAUAAACUUUUAGAAGUGAUCAAUCAAUGUCUUAUAGAUUCAUUAUAAACAAAACAAAAAAAAAAGUUUAUUAAACAAUUUUUGUAUUAA